UUUCUUCACCCAAGAAACUCAAUCUCUAUAAUACCCUCUUUCCUGCAAGUAAAACCCAUAUUCUUUCUUCAUUUUUCUCUCAAAUCUUCAAGAAACCCAAAACAAUAUACAUUUAUAUAUCAUACUACAUUAAACUUGAGAUGGGUAGUAAUGUUGUUAGUACAACAAAGUUUAUAAAAUGUGUUACAGUUGGUGAUGGAGCUGUUGGCAAGACCUGUCUUCUUAUUUCUUACACUAGCAACACUUUUCCAACUGACUAUGUUCCUACUGUGUUUGACAACUUUAGUGCAAAUGUUGUUGUUGAUGGGAAGACUAUAAACCUGGGUCUGUGGGAUACUGCUGGUCAAGAAGAUUAUAACAGGUUAAGGCCUCUUAGUUACAGAGGAGCUGAUGUUUUUAUCCUUGCCUUCUCUCUUAUUAGCAAGCCAAGCUUUGAGAACAUUGCUAAGAAAUGGGUCCCAGAGCUUAGGCAUUAUGCUCCAUCUAUACCCAUCGUUCUUGUGGGUACCAAACUAGAUUUGAGAGAGGAUAAACAAUUUCAGUUGGAUUACCCGGGUGCAUCUGUCAUUUCCACUGAACAGGGUGAAGAACUAAAGAAGCAUAUAGGUGCAGUGGCAUACAUAGAGUGCAGCUCCAAGACACAGCGGAAUGUGAAGGCUGUAUUUGAUGCUGCAAUCAAGGUGGUAAUUCAUCCUCCGAAAACAAAAAAGGAUAAGCGAAAACAUAAAGGUUGUUAUAUAAUAUGACCGGCCAAAUCCACUGCUACACUUGCUUUUUUAUCGCUAAAGAUCCGUAGGAUUUUCCCUUGUUGCUUUGUUUGCUCCUACGCAAUCUACAUGUCUCUAAAGUGUCUGGCAUUUGCUUGUUUGUAAUUUUCGUAUGCUGCUAGAAAAUUUAGUAGGUCGGCAGCAGUUAAAUCAACUAUUCCAGUUGAUUUAUAUCCUCAACUGAACAGUUAUGUUAGUUGUGAACUGAAUGAUCUGAAAUGUUAGAAAUGUACUAAUUGCUAAAAUCUCAAAUGGAAAUUCCAUGGAUUGUAAUCUUUUAUGAACCUGUAAAGUUUAUCAUGUACAUGAAAAGAACAGAUUGUUGUGUCA